CCCCUCCCAUCUUCCCAGAACGGUGGACGUGCUCACCUCCGCUCCGGGCCAGGUCUAUGUCCCGGUUUCCCGCCGUCGCGGGCAGGGCGCCAAGGCGGCAGGAGGAAGGUGAGCGAUCAAGAGACCUCCAAGAAGAGCGGCCUUCGGCAGUUCCCAUCGCGGAUAGAGAAGAGAAAGGAUGCACAUCACAGGAGGGAGGAACUACUCCAACUUUUCCUAUUCAAAAACAAAGAAAAAAGCUUAUUCAAGCUGUGAGGGACAAUUCAUUCCUUAUUGUUACUGGAAAUACAGGAAGUGGUAAAACAACUCAACUCCCCAAAUAUCUAUAUGAAGCAGGGUUUUCACAACAUGGUAUGAUUGGUGUGACUCAACCACGGAAAGUAGCUGCCAUAUCUGUUGCUCAGAGGGUUGCUGAAGAAAUGAAAUGCACUUUGGGAUCCAAAGUAGGAUACCAAGUUCGUUUUGAUGAUUGCAGCUCUAAGGAAACAGCAAUCAAAUACAUGACUGAUGGAUGUUUACUGAAACAUAUUCUGGGAGAUCCAAAUCUUACCAAGUUCAGUGUCAUUAUAUUGGAUGAAGCCCAUGAGAGAACUCUGACUACAGACAUCUUAUUUGGUUUACUGAAGAAGCUGUUUCAGGAGAAGUCUCCUAAUAGGAAGGAGCAUUUAAAGGUCGUAGUGAUGUCAGCAACUAUGGAAUUAGCCAAGCUCUCUGCAUUCUUUGGAAAUUGUCCAAUAUUUGAUAUACCUGGAAGGCUUUAUCCGGUCAGAGAAAAAUUCUGCAAUUUGAUUGGUCCACGAGAUAGAGAAAAUACUGCAUACAUUCAAGCGAUUGUGAAAGUGACCAUGGAUAUCCAUUUGAAUGAAAUGGCUGGAGACAUCUUGGUUUUUCUGACUGGUCAGUUUGAAAUCGAAAAAAGUUGUGAGUUACUUUUUCAGAUGGCAGAGUCUGUUGAUUAUGAUUAUGAUGUCCAAGAUACCACUCUAGAUGGCUUGCUAAUAUUGCCGUGUUAUGGAUCUAUGACAACAGACCAACAGAGAAGAAUAUUUUUGCCACCUCCACCUGGAAUUAGAAAAUGCGUCAUAUCCACCAAUAUUUCUGCAACAUCUUUGACAAUAGAUGGAAUCAGAUAUGUGGUAGACGGUGGCUUUGUGAAGCAGUUAAAUCACAAUCCCAGAUUAGGAUUGGACAUCCUAGAGGUGGUUCCAAUUUCAAAGAGUGAGGCCUUACAGCGAAGUGGCCGAGCUGGCAGGACUUCCUCAGGAAAAUGCUUUCGCAUCUAUAGUAAAGAUUUUUGGAACCAGUGUAUGCCUGACCAUGUGAUCCCUGAGAUUAAGAGAACUAGUUUGACAUCUGUAGUUCUGACCUUAAAGUGCCUUGCCAUACACGAUGUAAUAAGGUUUCCCUAUUUGGAUCCACCUAAUGAGAGACUUAUUUUGGAAGCUCUUAAACAACUCUACCAGUGUGAUGCUAUUGACAGGAGUGGCCAUGUGACCAGAUUGGGUUUGUCUAUGGUAGAAUUUCCUCUCCCUCCACAUCUGACAUGUGCAGUAAUAAAGGCUGCUUCUCUGGACUGUGAAGACCUAUUACUUCCAAUAGCAGCAAUGUUGUCUGUGGAAAAUGUCUUCAUUAGACCUGUUGAUCCAGAGUACCAGAAGGAAGCAGAACAGAGACAUCGAGAAUUGGCAACUAAAGCUGGAGGAUUUAAUGACUUUGCAACUUUAGCCGUCAUCUUUGAACAGUGCAAAUCAAGUGGAGCUCCAGCUUCGUGGUGCCAGAAACAUUGGAUUCAUUGGAGGUGCUUAUUUUCUGCAUUUCGUGUUGAAGCUCAACUUAGAGAACUGAUCAGGAAGCUUAAACAGCAAAGUGACUUCCCAAGAGAGACCUUUGAAGGCCCUAAACAUGAAGUACUGCGAAGAUGCCUUUGUGCAGGUUAUUUCAAAAAUGUAGCACGCAGGUCUGUUGGGAGAACAUUUUGCACAAUGGAUGGGCGUGGAAGCCCAGUUCACAUUCAUCCUUCCUCAGCACUUCAUGAACAGGAAACCAAACUUGAAUGGAUCAUUUUCCAUGAGGUACUAGUUACCACCAAAGUUUACGCAAGAAUUGUGUGUCCAAUCCGUUAUGAAUGGGUGAGAGACUUGUUACCCAAGUUGCAUGAAUUUAAUGCACACGAUUUGAGCAGUGUGGCCCGACGUGAAAUGAGAGAAGAUGCAAGAAGGAGAUGGACCAAUAAGGAAAAUGUAAAGCAUCUAAAGGAUGGAAUAUCAAAAGAAGUCCUAAAGAAAAUGCAAAGAAGAAAUGAUGAUAAAUCCAUAUCAGACGCACGUGCUCGUUUCCUUGAGAGAAAGCAGCAGAGGUCCCAGGAUCACAGUGACACCCUGAAGGAAACAGGCUAAGCAGUGAACCCUCCAAUUCAGGAAGUAGGAAAAGCAGCCAGGAAAUGUGCUUCUGCUUUGCCAUUUAUGUCAGACAGCACUACCAAGAGGAAGUGGUCAGCAGCUGUUUUUAGCAUACGAGUUAAAAGCAAAUCAGAGCUCGUCAGUACCAAUAAAUGGAAUUUUCAGAGAAAAGAUUGAGUUGCCAUAGUCAUAGGAAAUGAUAUAUGAAACCAAUGAAAGACAAUAUAUGUGAUAUUUUCCUCACUUCAAUUUUGCUGGCCUUAAUUGGUUUCAAAUGCUGUCAGUGAGAUAUUUUCAAAGAACAUUGAAUUGUAUUUAAUCAGCGUGUAUUCCAUUUGCAUUGAAGCAUUAAAAAUUAUUUUCCUUAAAUCUCUUUAAGGCCUUCUUGUUGCUAUUAGAAUAGUAUUAUAUCAGGUUAUCAGGUAUGUGACCAUUUCCUUCUGAAGGCUGAACAUAAAAGAGGUUUUUACUGAGCAAUACUUAAAUGUCUAACCGUUUAAUUGCUACAGAGCUUUAUAGAUAUUUAGAGAAAAGACUUAAUCAAUUAGUAAAUAAGAAAAUUGCCUAUGGCAAGAUUCUUUGUUGAAUUAAUAUUAAUCCUUAAGUUGAUUUUUUGGGAUUAUACAAAUUCCUUUUUAUAUAAAAGUAUAUUGUUUAAAACAGUAGCUAUAGCCAUUAACCAAAGGACAGAUGAUAUAUAUAUGUUCUUUUUUUAGCUGUCCCUACAUACUUGUAUCAGCACCAUGUAUGUAGGUGUGACAGUGUUUCAAACAGCCCUUCCACCUGGCCUACUCUCUUGCCUCCAGCUGCUUGGGUAGGACCAUUUAAACAUCUAUUAUGCCGAUCUUGAAAUGGGAUUUUCAAAGCAGCCAACACUACUACAUCACCAGUGUUUCAAAUUGGAACCUUGAGGCUAGUUAGUAUCACACUCAGGCCACACUCAGCACUUGUCCACUCUGUUGUUUACUGCCUUGUAUUCUAGUUAUUUGUGUAUUUGUCUGUCUCCCCCACUAGAUUAUACGCUCCUUGUGGGCAGGGACUAUGUCGUUUUCAUCUUUGUAUCUUUCAUGGCACCUAGCACAGUGCUUUGCACAUAGUAGUCAGUGUUUGUUAAAUAAAGCUAUUAGUGUCGUUCAAAUUCAAA